AUGGAAAAUGUCCCUCAGGAAAUCAAAGGAGGAGAGCAGGCUCCAGUGCAGAAUGAAGAAGAUGCCCACCCUUUGGGAGGUGAUGAAGGCCAGGAGCCCAGAGGAAAUUUUAGAGGGGUUUGGGCUCCACCUGCCCAGGAUUUUAGAGAGGAUAUACCCAAUAGGCUUGUCAAUAACAUUGACAUGAUAGAUGGAGAUGCAGAUGAUAUGGAACGGUUCAUGGAAGAGAUGAGAGAGCUAAGGAGGAAAAUUAGAGAGCUUCAGUUGAGGUAUAGUCUGCGUAUUCUUAUAGGAGAUCCCCCACACCAUGACCAUCAUGAUGAGUUUUGCCUUAUGCCUUGA